UGGACUCGUAGAAGACAAUAAUUGAGAAUUGAGGGUGAUGAUGAAAGCUCUUGUUUUAGCAGCUCUUCUUGCUGUUACUGCUUUUGCAGCUGAAAAUGAGGUUGUAUGGACUUUGGACCAUACUAAUUACUCUGAAAUUAUUUCCCAGCACAAGAUGAUCGUUGUUCAGUUCUAUGCCCCAUGGUGUGGAUACUGCGAGCAACUUGCGCCAAAGUACGAAGAAGCAGCUUCGGUGUUGAAUAAUCAUGAUCCUGCAGUUAUUCUUGCUAAAAUGGAUACAACAAUUCCAGAAAAUGCUGAACUUGCAAGAAAUUACACCAUUAAUGGUGUUCCAAGCAUUAAGAUCUUCCGUAAUGGUGGCAAGACGGUUCAUGAUUACAAAGGUACUCGUGAGACAGAGGGUAUAAUUGCUUAUUUGAAAAAACAUGGGGGCCCUGCAUCUCUUGAAAUCAAAACCAAGGAAGAUGCUGCAACCUUUAUUGAUGAGAAAAAGAUUGUUGUUGCUGGCAUAUUUCCACAGCUCUCUUUAGAGAAGAUCAUCAAUUUCACUGCUUUAGCUGAAGAUUUACGAGUAGAUUACGAUUUUGUUCACACACUUGAUGCCAAACUCCUUCCUCGUGGUGGGCUGGUUGAUAAGCCAUCUAUCCGUCUAUUUAAGCCAUUUGAUGAACUUUAUGCUGAUUUCGAGGAUUUUCAACUUGAGGCAAUGCAGAAUUUCAUUGAAGAAACUAGUGUUCCAAUCAUGGCUAUUCUUGAUGAUAAUCCAGAAAACCAGCAAUUUGUUAAUCACUUUUUGCAUAGUCCAGGAGACAAGGUAUUUCUAUUUCUGAACUUCAGCACUGAUCUGGAUGCUUUCAAGUCCAAGUACUAUGAUCUUGCACUCAGUUACAAGGGAAAGGAAACAAACUUCCUCUUGGGAGAUGCUGAGACUGGUAAAAGGGCCCUUCAGUAUUUUGGAUUGGACACUGAUCAGGCACCUUUAAUCUUCGUACUUUCCAUGGGUGGCACAAAAUACGUUCAGCGACAUGUACAACCCGAUAACCUUGCAUCUUGGUUGAAGGAUUGUAAGGAUGGAAAGUUGAAGCCAUACUUGAAGUCACAGCCUAUUCCAGAAUUUAACAAUGAAACUGUGAAGGUGGUGGUUGCAGAGACUCUUGACGAUAUGGUGUUCAAUUCGGGGAAAGAUGUACUGUUAGAGUUCUAUCAACUUGGGUGUAGAUAUUGUGAGGAGUUUGCUCCGGUCUUGGAUGAAAUAGCUCUCUCAUUUGAAAAAGAUCCUCAUGUCGUGAUUGCUAAAAUUGAUGCAACCGAAAAUGAUAUACCUCGUGACGUAUUUGAAGUUGAAGGAUUCCCAACUUUAUACUUGAGAUCUGCAACGGGUAGUUUGUCACGGUUCGAGGGUAAUAGAACAAAAGAUGCCAUUAUUGAAUUUAUCCAGACAAACAGAGGUAGCCCGGCCUUUGAUUUUAGCAUAUCACAAACUCAAACAGAUUCAGUGAAGGAUGAGUUGUAAGGAGGUGUGCAGCCUUUCUUUUGUCAACUGAUGGAUAUGUUAUAUUUUCGUCUUUUCUUUCACCUCUCGUACCAAUAAGUUGCUUCUAUGCCAUGCACUUGCGCCGCUUAUUAAUAAACUAGUUUCUGGGCA